AUGUCCGGAGAUGCGCAACCAAGUUCCAAUCAACGUGCUACUGACGCACACCCGCCGCCUUCGCCGCCUAUAAUCAAAGAAAAGGCCGCGAUUGGCGCUCUUUGCGUUGUGUGUGGAGACCGCGCGUGUUCGCACCUCUACUACGGAGUUGCCGCGUGCCACGGAUGCAAAUGUUUUUUCUGGCGAACCGUCAAAAGUAAACUGAACUACUCGUGCCGUUACGGUGGAAACUGCUCGAUUUCUACUGCCGGCCGCAACGCUUGUCGCUACUGUCGUUUCCAUCGCUGUCUAUUCGUUGGAAUGAAAAUGGAAGCUGUGAAAAUGGACCGAAAGUUGACAAAGCGCAAAAAAGAGAAAAUGGAUGGAGACGAAUCGGAUGAUGGAGGGAAUCCGGAGAGCUUGGAUUAUAAGAUCGACGCGAAGCGUGCCCGAUCCGACAAUCAUUUGUUGAUCUCAUCACUGUUGCUCAUCGACAAAACGUCAUCGGACGGCAACGCAAAACUCUCAUCCCUUCACUUCGUCCAGCCAUCGCUUCAGAAUCUUCUCGAAGAACCAGAACUUCUUGACGGUUUUCGCUCGGAAAUGAGUUAUCGAGCGACUCGACAGGCCGACGCACAGUUGUGUUACGACACUGAACGUCGGUUGGUUACUUGGGCAAUUGACUGGUGUCGUCAAACGGCCGAAAUUGGAGAUGUGCAUCACACAAAUGAUAAGAUCGCUCUUUUGCGUGCAUGCUGCGCACCGUUGGUUCUUCUCGAACUCGGCUGCCAAUCGUCUCAAUUCGGCAAUUCUGACACACGCGUUCCCUUAUGUAACAACUCUUUUCUAACCGCUCACCAAGCGCCACCGUCCGUCUCGUUCAUCAACUACAAGACCAUUCAGUCGUUGAACAAAUGGACACAACGUGAGCUCAAACCACUCUGCUUGAAAGCCAAGGAGAUUGUGCUGCUCAAGACUCUGGUCAUUCUUAAUCCCGACGCCCCAGGACUAUCCCAAGAGGCCGAAUCGUCGAUCCGUAUGCUACGAGACCGUGUUCACACGACACUCUUCCAAAUGCUCAUGGAGAGCUCUGAACCGGUUGCCGCCGCGUCUCGUCUCUCGCAAAUCUUGCUUCUCAUUCCACAACUUACGCUAAUGGGAGUGGAUGUGAUCGAACAAGUGCGUGUCCGUAACACUUUCAACAAGCACUCAGCAUUCGGAGAAGGAAUUUUAUUCUGGCAACUCUACGGAGACAUCUUCGACGAUCAGAAUUCCGAUGACUCCUCAUCGUACCUGGAGCACUCGGCAUCGUGCAGUCCGACCGAUAGUCAGUACAGUACGACCGACAGCAGCUGA